AUGGCCACCUGUAAACUGUGCCGGAACGUUACAGUUUCUCUCCUCAUUUUGCUGUGUUUCAGCACAGCACCAGCUUUUUUUGUUCAUGCACAAGGAGUUGGAGAUACCAUUAAGCCUGGGGAAGUGCUCGAAUUCUCUGACCAGCUUACUUCGGCUGAUGGCAGAUUCAUUUUGGGCUUUUUCAACCCCUUGAAUGCUGCUCACCGUUACUUGGGAAUCUGGUAUAAAGAUGACCCCGAUAACGUUGUAUGGGUUGCUCACCCAACCAGUCCUCUAUAUGGAAGAAGCGGGAACCUCACCAUGGAUGCGGACGGCGUAUUGAAGAUUAUGCAGAGUGGGAGCACAAUUGCUUUGAAUUCAAAUCAUGCGGCUGAGAACUCAACGGCGACCCUUGAGGAUUCUGGCAAUUUUGAGUUGACAGAAUUGAAUCCUGAUGGAUCUGCUAAACAGGUUUUGUGGCAAAGCUUUGAUUUUCCUACUAACACGUUACUGCCUGGAAUGAAACUAGGGGUUAACUUCCAAACCGGGCAAACUUGGUUUCUUACUUCCUGGUUAAGCCAACAAAUAGCUACCCCUGGAACUUUUACCCUUGAGUGGAGCAACAGUUCUGGUAGUGGGCAACUCAUUGCCAAACGCCGAGGAGAUAUCUACUGGAGAAGUGGGAGCUUGAACUUGAGUAGUGGGAUCUUUGAGGACAUUCGUGGGUCGCAGGGUUGGUCUUGGAUGAAAAGGGGCAAUUAG